CAACCUCUCCUCUCCAACCUCCGAAAGCUGUUUUGACGAUCACCAACCCGUUCCCAUUCGCCCAUAUCGCUCACGUCGCUGUGCUCUUCUCUUGAACAAUCGUUCAUCCCAAUUGCUUCAUAUUUGUACAGUACUGUAGAGCAUCCCAGACCAGCGAGAGAGAAACUGCGCCCGGGGGAAAUAUCUCACAGCUCACAGAGCGCGUUGCACUGGUACUCACUCCCAGGCUUCAGCAGCAAAUUCCCCCCAAUCCAGCAUCCAAAAAAGUCACGACAACCCAGAGCCUUCUAGAAUGACCGUAACUAGAGGGUGAAAAAGAAUAUAUAUAUAUAUGUAUAACAUCAUUAUACCGCCAUCGUUAUUAUUAUUAUACCAAAACCUGAAUCAUGGGUAAUAACCCGUCGGCCCCUCCGAAGUCGAGCAGCGCAUCGCCUGCCAGCUCAACCCACGGCCAGUCCGUAGGAUCAGCCUCGGAUCGCCGUCGCGAGCCAAAACUAAGAGACACGAUACAAUCACAAAGAGGCGCCGCGCCGCCUGAAUCUUCCCAGGUACAGGCACGUGGCACAACGGUCCCUCAUCGGACUCGCAACGCCCAAUCCCAAAAUGCGCAACUCAACAACAACAACGGCCAGUACUCGCACUCGCCUUCGCCAUCGCAGAAUUCCAUCCCUCCGUCUUCUUUUGUUGCCUCGCAACCUCUACCACAACAAACCCCUCCCAGCAAGCCGCCGCUCACGCUCUCCGACGAACCAAGUAAACCGGUCGCUGUUCCGCAACCUGUGAAUGCGGCCGUGCCAGACACGCCGACUGAGAAGUCGCCCUACUCAGCUUCGCAGAGUGACCAGUCUGGGCUCGCAACCGACAUCAUGUCCUACCAUCUUACCAGACCACCGCGCCUGCCACUGCCUAUCGAAGAAGAAGUCCACACACCAGGGUCACCCAUACUUGGCCCCGCAAGUUCACAAGGUCCGGUGCCCGAGUUCGACCCUCUACACGGUAGUGGGGACCUCGGUCGUCCAUUAUCUGCUCUGAGCAAUACAACCGAAGAUGAUGAAGGAGACGAACUGCCCAUUGACAGGACGAAGCCAGUUGUUCCAACUGAAUUUCACUGGUUCGGGCCUGCUGAGAAGGUAUACGUUACGGGGACGAUUUUCCAGUGGAGCCGGAAGUCAAAGCUGUAUCCGAUACCCGGAAAGAAGGAUGCCUUUUCGGCCAUUAUCCAUGUUCGGCCUGGCACUCACCAUAUCCGCUUCAUCGUCGAUGGGAAUAUGCUGAUAUCCCCAAAUCUUCCGACCACUGUUGAUUUCGGCAAUAAUCUUGUGAAUUAUAUUGAAGUCAGCGCCGAUGAUCUUCCCAAGGACUCACAGGCACAAGGACAAGCACAGCCCUCCAAAUCGCAAGAAGGCCGUCAGCAGCGGGAAGAAGCGAAGCCUGCAGGGCAAGGGGCAGAUGCAAAACAACCACGAACGAAGCCUAUGAUCCCCCACGAACACUACACAUCUACCGUACCCCAAUACCUGCUUGAUCUCGACAAGGCUGAGGAUUCUCCUGCGUAUCAGUAUGCAGCCAGCGCCAUUGUCAAGCUGCCGACCCCACCGAGUCUUCCAGGCUUCCUUGGGAAACCAAUUUUGAACGCCCAGACGCCGGUGAAGGAUGACAAUAGCGUGUUGAAUAUGCCCAAUCACACGGUGUUGAAUCACUUGGCGACGAGCAGCAUCAAGGGAAAUGUACUCGCUGUGUCUGCUACUACGAGAUAUAAGCGCAAGUAUGUGACGACUAUUAUGUACAAACCAACAUCGGAUGAUACCACAUGAACAAAAAUUAAAGCUAUUCAUAUAGUAAAAUCAACGAGCUAUAGAUGGCAUAUGUUCUCUACGCCGAACAGAUGCGGUUGCAAUGUUCCUCUUUAGCUAUCAGCUGAGCAGCCAGGGAGGGUCGAGAGAGACACAGCUAAUAGAUAGCACUGGCCUUGCUUAUAGCCAGAUACUUAAAUAUACAAAGGUACGCCAGUCCAGUGGAAUCAAUCUCUCCAUUUAACAAACACCUCAUCUGUCCUAAACCGCUGCGUACACGUGCUCUCCUCCAGCGGCGUGGCAAAGCCCGUCUCGUACGCCAGUAGCCCAGCAUGGGCAAUCAUAAUGCCAUUAUCAAUGCAAAACCGCUCAUCAGUUGCAAACACACUCCCCC